GUGUUGACAUCGGAAAACGCGCGCUACUUCGGACUCGGAUUCACAUCGGCAGCAUAAUAAUUAAUCGCAACAUCACAACAUUGAGACUUCAAGCUUCCAUCCGUGGUCGUAUUAAGCAGCAGCUGUUAUUUCUGCAGUUUUCAAAAAGUUAUAGUACUUGCUGUUCUUGAAAGUGUGAACAAAAAUGGAUUUCUCCACCUGGACACCGGAGUACUUUGCAGCGAACGAAAAGUCUUGCUCAGAGCAGCUGAGCAAACCGGAAGUGCGGGCUCAAAUUCCACUGCUGAAUUGUACUCAGUUGCAUGAUCUCCGCGACAAUGCUUUGGUUCGUUUCCGAGGUAUGAUUCAGGACAUGCAGGAUCCUGAGUGCUACCUGGAACGGUAUGAAGUACGGCGGAAGGACGACGGCUCGCUUCUUCGGGUUCAGGGUGGAAAAUAUCAUGAUGUCUUGGUCAUGAACAAGAACGAAGAAGUUGUGGAUUUCCAAGCCGAGACUAAUCAGUACGGUGAGCGAAGAUCGAUGUUUGUUAUUUCCAUUCCGGGCUACAACAGCUGGGCUGUGGAAUGUGAGCAAAAGAUGAAUCUUGUGUAUCAACCGAAAGUUGAAGACAAGUCCGAUGAGUUAUCUUCUGUUAAAAGGCCUCAUGGGGACGAUGAAGAAAUGGAGACGGAUCAAACUGUAGACAAGGAUAAUCCAUUCAAGAAACCAAUGCUUCCGGUUGAACCAUGCUCAAAAGCCCAACAAGCCAGUUCGUCAAGGAGUGCUUCUUCAAGCGAAAGCAAGCAGAAUGUUCUAUCUGCUGAAUAUUUGCUAAAUUCUCCGAUUUCUGAAAGGCCAAGCAAAGCAUGUUUGGUGAAGCUAUAUUAUAAUUAUGACGAUUGUACCCUGAAUACUCUGGUGGAUGUUGUGGGAUUCCUUUCGGUUGAUCCGGCUCUAGACGGAAGCACCGACCAGAUGGAUGAUUCCGAUGAUGGAAUGUCCGAACACCAGGCCACUAAUCCUCCCCCUUCCCUUAUUCCUCGGAUACAUGCCAUCAGUUUUCAGAAGCUAAAGCAUGUCAACCCUCUGUUGGAAGCUCCUCACGAAUCUCAGUACUUCAAUACGGACAUUUGGAAGGAUAUCCAGAAUCUGUUAACUCAGUGUUUGUUCGAGGAUAAAGUGGCUGCUGAUUAUCUGUUAUGUCAUCUGAUAUCGACGGUCUACAUACGGAAUGAGAUCGAAUCGCUGGGACAUUUCAGCCUCAACUUGAGCAACAUUCCAGCUGAAGUGCUUCCGGAUUAUACGAAGGGAUUAUACGAAAUCAUGGAAUUGUUGCUCCCUGCUAGCCAUUACUUCCCGAUGACGUUGGAAAAUAUGAACACGAUGCAAUUCGUGCCAAAGAAAGAUUACACCACGAACAAACUGACUAGCGGACUACUGCAACUAGCACCCCAUACUCAUUUGCUUCUGGACGAAACCAAACUUCAGACCGGUAAGCUGGAGAGCAGCGGAGUUGAAGCAGUUCAGAGCAUUGCUCACCUGAUUAAAACUCAGAAACUUAAGUACAACUUCCAGUUCUAUCAGCUCGAAUUCGAUUCUGAUGUUCCAGUAUUAGUAUUGAGCGAGGGUAAAAGUAUGCUUCCGACCAACUUCCAUUUCCCGCUGGUGCCGGAUGUGGACGCAAUCAAAAUGAUUGAAGAAACCCUAAAGGCCGGGAAACAUUUUAUUAAACCGAAGCUCACCGAAAUGCGGAAGUUUCUAACCCAGCAGCGAAUCCAACAGUUUGACAUGAAGAACUUCGAUCCGGAGGUUAUCCAGAACGACUUCAUCGAGAUGCGCAAGGAGAGCGAUGCUUCGGCCGAGGAUUUGCAUUCGUUGUUAGUGUUGUCCCGCUUGUUGGGGCUUUCCCGGGGCAAAAACUCGAUGGACCGAGAGUGCUGGGAGUAUGCAAAGCAGCUCGAACAGGAGCGGAAAACCCGCAUGGAGAUGUUUGCGAAGCGGAAGAAUUAGUGUUAGCAUGAUGUUGCGUGUCUUUUGCU